AUGGGCAAGAUCAUCUUUUACGAGGACAGGAACUUCCAGGGUCGCUCUUAUGAGUGCAUGAGCGACUGCUCGGACAUGACCUCCUACCUGAGCAGGUGCACUUCCUGCAGGGUGGAGAGCGGCUGCUUCAUGGUCUACGACCGCCCCAACUACAUGGGCAACCAGUACUUCCUGAGGAGGGGCGAGUACUCUGACUACAACUCAUUCGGCAUGGGUGACUCCAUCCGUUCCUGCCGUUUAAUUCCUCAGCACAGAGGCUCCUACAGGAUGAGGAUCCACGAGAGGGAGAACUUCCAGGGCCAGAGUCAUGAGCUGAUGGACGACUGCGACAACAUCCAGGACCGCUACCGCAUGUCCGACUGCCAGUCCUGCAACGUGAUGGACGGCCACUGGCUGAUGUACGAGCAGCCCCACUACAGAGGCCGGAUGGUGUACCUGAGUCCCGGGGAGUACAGGAGCAUGAGAGAUGUGGGAUACAGCGGCAUGAGGCUCAGCUCCGCCAGGCGUAUAAUGGAUUCCUGUUGAAGCAGAGUGUGAAAAAUGUGCUGCAGAAUAAAAUGAAACACAAA